AUGGCCGUCCGCUCCCUGCGGCGCUUCGGGACUGGCCUUUCCCUCGGCGGUGCGGCGCGGCGGAGCAGUUUUUAUUUCAGGGCAUCCUCCUGUGUUUUCAGCACUGCAGCUCAGCAGAGAAGCACAGGAGACGAGUGUGGCCCAGAAGAUCCACGUGAUGAGCCCAAGCAUCCUCUUUCUGACUGUGCCUUAGAGCACAAAGCCAUCAAAUUGGAAGAACAAGUCCGGGAUCUAACUGAGCGAUACCGGAAGGCCUUGGCGGAUUCUGAGAAUGUCCGGAGAAGAACGCAGAAGUUUGUGGAAGAUGCCAAGCUCUUUGGGAUCCAGAGUUUCUGCAGAGACCUUGUGGAGGUAGCUGAUAUCUUGGAGAAGACCGCGGAGAGUGCCGCAGAAGACGCAGAACCUAGCAAUACAAAUCCAACCCUGAAGAAAAUCUACGAAGGCCUCUCUCUCAUAGAGGCCAAAUUGCAAAGUGUAUUUGCCAAACACGGCCUUCAGAAGAUGAACCCUGUUGGUGGCAAAUACGAUCCAUACGACCAUGAAAUCGUCUGCCAUGUACCAGCCGAGGGGCUGCAGCCAGGCACGAUCGCGCUGGUGACUCAGGAUGGUUAUAAACUCCACGGUCGCACUAUCAGACACGCGCUGGUCGGCGUGGCGGUAGAGUCACAGGAGUGACGUGGGCUUACCCGUGGGCAUCUG